AUGUUGACCAUGGAUUACUCUCUCUUGCUUCCAGCUCUUCCAGCUCUAUUUCUUUCCCUUUCUCUUCUCAAUUAUGAACGAACCUUGACCCCGAUGUAUGGGACGGUCCCCACAAACCAAUAUCUACAGCACUUCGUUUUCCUUGCGAUUGCCCUUUCCAUCUAUAUGCGACCUCAGUUCUCCUCUACCGCACGGAAAUAUCUAUUUUCUGGAUCGAUUCUUGCCCUGGCUCCCAAUGCAAUUUACUACUUUGCAGCCUGGUCGGCUAGACAGAGAAAUCCGAUAUGGGGUCCGGUAUUCGUACAUACCUUCGCGCUUAUACCGCUCGUAUAUGCUUAUGGUAUCUUUCUCCCCGCAAGAGGAAUGUUGAGUGUAUGGGGAACCCUGUUGUCCAGUUUUGUUCUGUCGAAACGACUGUGGCCUGCUGUCCCGCAGUUGCGUAGCAUUUCCGAUAACGAUAUCUAUUUAUCUCAAGCACUGAUCCUUCUCGCAAUCGGAGUAUUGCACCUCGACUUCUCCACCCCAACACCUAGCAAGGCUUCAAAGAAGCCCACAGCUUCCAGCAAUACGGCCUACGCGACUAAAGUGACUCUCCUCGCAGUCUUGACGACUCUCGCUUUCACUCCUCUCACUUCUUGGUUUCGUUCACCGAUCUUGAGGCAUCCGUAUCCCGAAACGUACACUCAUCCCAGUUUCCCUCUCCAAAUCCAUUCCGCGGUUGAAAGUACUACAGGCCUUAUCGUUGUCGGCGAAGCCCUCACACCGCCCAAAGCUGACCCCCUCGAUAUCAAUUCCAUGCACUCGGUGCGGUAUUUACGUGCAGCUCACUCAAUACUGGGUGGUGUCUGGAUGGGCAACAGGGUUCACACUAUUGAUGGAAUUGUACCUGUCAAGGAUUCAUUUGGGACUAGACUUGGUGAUUCUAUAUAUGGCGCUUUCAAUUUGCAGGAGGUUGCACGACUAGUUGAACGGGAUAGGAAGAAAGGAAAACGAAAGGCCCUGAUCAUUGGUCUAGGGGCUGGUAUAUCCGCUACUGCAUUUCACAGGCACGGGUUGAACCUCACUGUGUUGGAGAUCGAUCCUGCGGUCUAUAAAGCCGCGCGUCAGUUCUUUGGUUUCCCCGAUCCCGGUGAAGAAAACGUUUUUCUUGAGGACGCCGGUGGCUGGAUUACCUCGCGUGCAAACUGGCUUAAAGUUGGCGACGGUGAAGACGAUUCCUCUCUGUAUGACUUUGCCAUACAUGAUUGUUUCUCUGGUGGCGGUGUCCCUCAGCACCUUUACGAGAUCGAGUUCCUGAAUAGUCUCAAGAAACUUAUGAAGCCGGAUGGCGUUGUUGUCGUCAAUUAUGCAGGCGUGGUCGAUUCCGAACCAGCUAGACUUUUGUUACGCACACUAGACGAGGCAUUCUCUCAAUGCAGAGCAUUCCACGAUCUCAUGCAUGCAGACGCACUCAAAAAGGAAGAAUAUCACUCUCAAUUCGUGAACGUCGUGUUUCUCUGCACUAUGAGACCGGACACCCCUAUAACAUUCCGUGCCCCGGACAUGAUGGAUUACCUUGGAUCACAUCUACGAAAGCAUAUGAUAACAACAUUGAAGGACAGGGAGGUUGACCUUGACAUACUUAGGAAAUCUAUGGAACGCAUUGAACAGGAAGAAGGACGGGAAACCAAAGUUCUAAGCAAAGAGUAUAAUCCACUCGGGAAAAUGCAAAGCGAGCAAGCAACGAAACACUGGACUGUAAUGAGGGAGGUAUUGCCAGAUAUCUACUGGGAAACAUUUUGA